GAGGGGGAGUCGAAGAACGGCUUCAAAGACAAGUCAUCGUCGAAACAGUUGUAUUUCCGGACACAAGAGGUGAAGGAAAGAGUCGUGGAAUUCCUGCAGACAUCCAAUUCCUUCGAACUUCAGAUGAUUUCGGGCGUCAGCGGCAAGAAAAUUGAGAUAAUCGAGAAUAUGCGACCAUUUCAUGACUGGUCCGAUGCGGUGAUGAAAUUCACGGAAAGAAAUCUGUCGACAGAUAUACUGGACAAGUGCUGCGAAGUGGUCAGAGCCCAGGAAGUGGUCAAACGACUCAUGGAUUCGUGCGAAAACAUGGCCAAAGAUUUGGGCAAAACUGUAGAGCAGUUGAAAGCCUUAGAACAGCCAAAGAUGUUGAACUCGGAGAUGAAGUUAUCUCACUAUCAGAUGAUAGGCUUGAAUUGGUUGGCAUUGAUGUACAAAAAGGGCAUUAAUUGCAUUCUCGCCGAUGAGAUGGGCUUAGGAAAGACUAUUCAAGUGAUUGCGUUCUUCGCGUAUUUACGAGAAAGGAAAGCCGUAAGGGGUCCGCAUCUGGUGAUCGUCCCGGCCUCGACUCUGGAGAACUGGAGCCGUGAGUUUCAGACGUGGUGUCCGGACAUCAACAUAUUGCUGUAUUAUGGCCAUCAGGAUGAGAGGGCUAUGAUUAGGGAGCAGAUCUCCAAAAACGAGAUCGAUUUCGAUGUAAUCAUCACUUCAUAUACUAUAGCGCAAAGUCCGGGAGAUAGGUCUCUGUUCAAGAAGAGUCGCUUCAAGUACUGUGUCUUCGAUGAGGCCCACUAUCUCAAGAACAUUAAGAGCACCCGAUAUACGGCACUCAUGAACCUUAAAGCCAAACAUCGAUUACUACUGACGGGAACUCCACUUCAGAACAAUUUGGUAGAACUCAUGUCUCUAUUGAUCUUCACGAUGCCUCACAUGUUCUCCGGCAAAACGGACCAAAUUAAGACUUUGUUCACUUAUACCAAUAAAGAGUCCACUCAUCGCAUCACUUAUAUCAGCGAACGCAUAGAACAGGCGAAGAAGAUUAUGAAACCAUUUGUGUUAAGACGGCUUAAGAGUGAAGUGUUGCAAGAGUUGCCCCCAAAGAUAGACAACGUCCUGAACGUACCGAUGAGUUCGGAGCAAGAACUCAAAUAUGCGGAUCUCAUUGAGAACUAUACGCGAGAAAUAAAGUAUAAGAAAAUCACUUUUGAAGACAAUGAGAGCGAAGAGAAGUUCAAGAGUGGGAACUCAAUGCUUAUGGAUUUGCGGAAAGUGGCCAACCAUCCCUUACUCAUCCGUCAGCACUACGACGACAACAAACUGAGACUAAUAGUUCUUGUUGUAGUCAUCGCCGCCAUCGCUGUCGACACUCGACUCAUCCGAAUCGUUAAACUUCGCGAAAUUCUUCUUCGAAAACUUCUGUUUAUUAUUUUUAAUGGUAUUAAAACUCUUCGCUUCCAUCACUUCCUCGUCGUCUUCGAAGACGUAUUUGCUUUGAUUGGGUUUCCAUUUGCGGUAAUUAUCGAGACUUUUCAUCUUCUCGUCGUUCGUACAGAUGUUGGGCUCACUCUUCACGCCAUUGGUCUCAGUCUUGACGCCAUUCUUGUCGGCUUCGGGACAGUCGUAGAGAUUCCCCAAUUGGAUGGACGCGUUAAACACAGACCAAUCGCAUUGGAUGAGCGCGUCCUGUAUUUCGCAGAUAUCGAUCUCAGGGAACAAUUGCUGCAACUCUUUGAUCGUGUUUUCGCACAUCUCCUCGAAAGCCAUUCUUCCGAUUUCGUCGUUCAGCGAUGUCUUCGUCUGUUUGCGAGCGGAGUCCUCGUCCGAGCUGUCACUCAACACUCGCUUCACCCGACUCUUUGGCGCAUUGAUGGGCGAGUCGUACGAUUGGCACGAGUUGUCGGUCUCUCUCUUGCGGAUCAGUUCCGG